CAAGAAGUUCCAUUGCUUUGACUGGCGCAAACGUACAGAGUGCAGUAGCUUCGUACUGACAUUCCACGUCCAGACUAUUGCUUCCCUUGCCCAAGCUCUGACGACUGCGCCCAAUAUCUUGAAGAGUUCUAACCAGUAUCGAAUCGCUCAAUCCAACGUUUUGGGAGACACUGCAGCGCUAGCAACCUGAUCGCCUGGUGUUGCCAAAGCGACAAGUUGACUGCCGCCAUUUUAGACACGGGAUAAGAGGCGUCAAACAUGAAUGCUACUGUAAAGCGGAAAUUUAAUGCCUUAAUCCAUGGGAUCGGCGCUCGACCAUCGUCCUCGGCUUCCGAACCCGACUCGAUCACCAACAACAAUGUUGUUACUGGCGAGAACGACUCGGACACAUCGUUAGCCGACUCCUCCACCUCAGCAAUGGCCGACGAGCUCCGGUUUCUGGCUAAGAAGCGCCGCAUAGGUCUGCCGAGCUCGACGCCCGCAAAGCAGGGCCCAUCGGGCGCAGAUCAUCAACCUGCAAAAGGCGUGACGAGCAUAUCGAACAUUGUCCUGCGAAAGUGGACGCCGACUGGCGGCGCGGCGAGCAGCAAAGACGUGCAGCCCAAGUACACUCCCGCUGAUCGGGAGCAGCUCCUCAAGCGGCUGGCAACCUUCCAAGAACUGACAGACUGGACACCGAAGCCCGACAGGGUCAACGAGAUCGAGUGGGCAAAGAGAGGUUGGGUGUGCCAGGGUAAAGAACGUGUACGAUGCACCCUCUGCAAUAAGGAACUCGUCGUCAAGUUGAACAGGAAAGAGGUGGACGGCAAGGAGGUUCCCGUCCUGGUAGCAUCAGAAAUUGAGGAUGCCCUCGUCGAGAAGUACGCCGAGUUAAUGGUCACCUCCCAUCUGGACGACUGUCUCUGGAGGAAGCGAGGCUGCGAUGAUUCACUCCUUCGCCUGCCUCUUGCACAUCCCAAAACGGUGCUCGAGGACCUUCGGCAGCGGUACGACGAGCUAUGCGCUCGCAAAGAUUUCAUACCAUACGAGUUCAACCUGCGCCUCCCCGAGGGCCUGGCUCUUGACACAGUUCUGUCUUACCUCCCGCACGACUUCUUCACAUCACCACCACCACCGCCAGCGAAGAAGUCCGCAGGUCCGGAGAAUGCGCCCACUACACCGCAGAAGCCAAACCGAUCCGCCUUCGCACUGGCGCUGAUGGGCUGGCAGGGCCUCUCAGACGCACGCAUUGGGCCGGUCCCAAACAGCGCAUCCUGCCACACCUGCCUCCGGAGGCUCGGCCUGUGGAUGUUCAAGAGCAAGGAGGUCGACCUCGAGACCGGCACGAUCCUGGUCCCCGCGCCCAUGGAUCACCUCGACCCCUUGCGAGAGCACCGCGCCUUCUGCCCCUGGAAGUCGGGCCACGCACAGCGCAACCCUGGCGCGAGAGCCACGCCAAGGGGGGAGGAGGACAAGGCCGGCUGGGAGGUUCUGGUGCAGGUUCUGAAGAACGACGCCUACCUGCGCAGCCGGCCGAGCAGGGCCGAUACCCUCCACGGCCGGAGCAAGAGCACGGCCGUGCCGCAGAGCGCGCCUCCUACCACCACCACCACGCCCGGGCGGCCGACGACUGCGGGCUCGGGGGCUGCGCGCGGGCGCAAUAGUCCCGUACCGAUGCUCGGCGCUCUCGGCGAUGAGGAGGACGACGAUGAGGUCACCCGGACCGCUAAGGAUAAGGAGCGGUGGGCCAGGCUGAGGAAGGUCAAGAGCUUGUUUAACACGAAGGCGGGGAGCAAGCUGAAGAGAACGCCCAGUCGGCCGGGCACGGGACAUUCGACACUUGGGGGAGGAAGGGCCGGUGGAGGUGCAGAAUGAGUAAUUAUGCAUGUGUAAGGAUUCCCCAUGGAUCGGUGAAGCUAAACUACCACACUUGCAAGUAUGGCAAUAAGAAGACAUCAGAGCCGACCAGUGUAUCCAUGGAAGAUGGAGGGAUAUGGCCAUGGAGCAGGGGAAGAUGGGCUUGUAUAGGUAACCCCGGGACUUCUUAGAGCAAGGUUCUGAAGCCAAAACAAUUCCAUGGGACUGGCGCAAGUGCCAGCUGUGCACCUGGAGAUCUUUCUUUCUUUGGGAAUGUCCUCCAUUCUGUUAAAUACACCGCAACCUGAUCCGAUGUGAAAGCCACGUCCAAACCUCUGGGUAUCUCGCCAAGAGCGUUAUUCUUCAAAAUAGAGGAAACAACAAGGGAAAUGAAAAAGAAACCGAGUCUCCUACGCCGUACAACCUCAAAGAGGUCCUCACCAUUCAUUCUGCCCCCCACCCCUGAAUUCACGAACCU